CAGGCCGAGUGAAGGUCUCAGACAAACAAAGUGCAAAAAUAAUACAAAUUGUAUUACAAACAGUGCGAAUUUUUGGCCACUUAAUAAGUAUUUAUGCUGUUUAUAUUUGGAGUAUAUUAUUAAAACGUUAAACAGUUAACUUGUAUAAAUGUCUAGUGUAUAACCUCUCAAUAAGCAAUUAGCUUUUCUUAUUGCAAUAAAAUUCCUUAGCUCGCGAUAAAUGAAAGUGUUGUUUACAUUCCGUGAAGUGCAUGGUGUGCAGUUUGCGUCAGUUUUGGAUGCAAGUCGUUAGAAUAACGGGGCGAGUGUCAACGAGUGAAAAUGCAGGGGCAAGAGUUUGUGUGUUCAAAAUGUGUGUAAAUCUGUGUAAUUUAAUUACAAAGUGUUAUUGUGGUGUUCUGUGCUGGAUGUCGCGGUAGGAUUGCCAUGUCCCGGCUGGUCGACUACUUCGUGAUUGUGGGAUUCGACCACGAGAAAGAAAGAGGCGGGCUUAGCAGUGGCGUCAUCCUACAACGCUUUCCAGAGAUCAACUGGGACGACACACCUUUCCACGAAGGGAUAGAAUGGUUCUGCCAGCCACAAGGAUGGGCGUUGUCGACGGAGCGCUCGGAGCCGCGGUUCUACGUGUCCGUGCUCACGGACGUGGACGCGAACAGACACUACUGCGCGUGUCUCUGCUUCAACGAGACCGUCGCCAUCACGCCCACCAAGCCUGCAGACGAGGACGAGGAGUCUCUAGAGCCGCGGCCCGUGGCCAACAUCACACACCACAGCAUCAUGUACGCGCCCAAAUGUCUCGUCAUAGUAUCGCGGCAGGACUACUUGGACACCUUUCGGAACUGUUUAGGCAUAAUCUACACAGUAUGGGUAGAAAACCUUGGCGUACCCCUGGAGACAUUGGUGGGCAACCUUCUGGGUUGCGUAUUGGUGCCUCCAGCGGGCGGUCCGCAGGUCCGCUUCAGUAUUGGAGCGGGCGACCGCCAGGCGUUGCAACCGCCUGCCGCUCCGCCACUGCCCGUCACACAUACAUCUGUGCACAUGCUACUGAGAUUACUAGGCAUCCACAACUCCGUAACCCUCUGGUGCGCCGUGAUGUCCGAGCACAAAGUCCUCCUAGUCUCCCUGGCGGCGGCCCGGCUGGCGGGCGCGUGUAGGGCGCUCGCCGCGCUCAUGUUCCCCUUCCGCUACGCGCACGUGUACAUCCCGCUGCUGCCGUCCGGGCUGGUGGAGGUGCUGGCCACGCCCACGCCCUUCCUUAUUGGAGUACAUUCCAGUUUGAAGGAAGAGGUGUCGGAGCUGCUAGACGUAAUAGUAGCAGACCUGGACGUUGGUUCCCUCCACAUUCCUGCUGGCGUGAACAUCCCCCGGCCCGACGGCAAGCUCCUAUCAUCGCUCCAAGAAGACCUAGCACUGGUUCUACAACCAGAGUUACGGUCUGCUGAUUCAGCCUUCGCACCACCACCGCCAGCAGCGUCUCCUCCUCAUAUGUUGGAUAAAGAGAUUAGAGCAGUCUUCAUGAGAACUUUGGCCAAGUUGCUGCAGGGUUACAGACACUGCCUCACGAUCAUCCGUAUCCACCCGUCUCCAGUGCUCACAUUCCACAAAGCUGGGUUCCUCGGCAGUCGAGGUCUGGCGCAGUGCCCGUUUGCCGUCCGCCUGCUCGACUCCAUGUUUUUCAACGGACUGGUCGCGGAGCGAGGCCCUCCUUGGCGACCUACUGACAUAUGGGACGAGCUCGUGCAGAACCUGCCAGAACAAUUGCGAUUAGAAUCACUAAAUCCGAACCUGGAGCUGCAACACAUACAAGACCUCGCGAUGCAACUGCAACUCAACGAGAAUCCCAACCCACAGACGUACCAGCAACGUAUUCUCCGACCACCCGAAGGAGCGUCGGCUCGUAUCCACCAGCCUCCCCUACCAACUUUGGACCCGGUGCGAGUUAAAGAGGUCAUUGCCGAGGUCACCGCCAGGAACGCAGAGCAUCCCAAGCUGACGGCGCUGCGCGCGCCCGGGCCGCGCAUCGUGCCGCCCGCGGCGCCGCCCGCCGGCGCGGCCGAGGCGCCGCACGUGCUCGUCACCAACUCCGCCCGGCGGCUCGAGGUCCUCCGAGCAUGCAUAGCGGCCAUAUUCGAGUGUCGCUACGCAGACGCACGCAAAUCGUUCCCCGCCGUACUACUAGCGUUACGCGCGUGCGCCGCGCGCGCUGCGCUCGUACGAGACUUGGCCGCGCGGUUACCUAGCAACAAGCAUCUGUUACACCACCACCAGUUCGAGUUACUAGUCAGACUAAUGAACUGCGCCCUCCAGUCCUCCUCAGCACUAGACGAGCAUUCAAUAGCGGCCGCCAUGUUGCCGCUCGCGACCGCCUACUGCCGCAAGCUGUGCACCGGCGUCAUCCAGUACGCCUACAUGUGUAUACAGGAGCACCAAGUGUGGACGAGCCAGCAGUUUUGGGAGGCGGCCUUCUACCAAGACGUUCAGCGCGACAUCAAGGCUUUAUACCUCCCGAGUCCUACGCACCACCAGAGGGCGCCUAGUCCGAGGGACGAUGAAGAAUACUCAUUGCUGAGGGCACAAGAGCCUAGCGCGUUGGAGAUCGCCGCCGAACAGAUGAGGCUGUGGCCCUCCCUACCUCCAGAGAAGCAGCGAGAAAUAAUAGCGAGCGAAGAAUCAACACUAUACAGCCAAGCAAUACACUACGCCAAUAGAAUGGUUUACUUACUUCUACCACUAGAGGGCGCCGGUCGACGCGCCGACGCCAGAGGAGACGACGCAGACAGAGCUAGCAAUAGCAUCACUAACAGUGUGGCGGAAUCGGAUAGCGCUGACGCAGAGUCCGGCUUCGAAGAGGCUGACCCUGGCGAAGCAGGAAAUAACGUUAUCAAGAUGGUUUCCAGAUUCGUAGACAAGGUGUGCACUGAAGGAGGUGUGACCGCAGACCACGUCCGGUGUCUCCAUCAAAUGAUUCCCGGUGUCGUUCAUAUGCAUAUGGAGACCCUCGAUGCUGUGGCGAGAGAAAGCCGCCGCUUGCCACCUGUCCAGCAGCCGCGAAUAGUCGCCCCCUGGUUAGUACCAGGCGAGGCGGUGUCAGGACAAGCCCUGCGUUGCUGCCUGGCGGCAGACGGCCGUGCAGCACCGCUCCUACCGGCAGAGGGCGCCUUAUUCCUUACCAACUAUCGACUCGUGUUCCGCGGCGCGCCUCUUGACCCAUUCGCGUGCGAACAAACGGUCGUCCGGUCGUUCCCUCUGUGCGCACUAACACGCGAAAAGGCAGUCCGCACGCACUAUCUACCACAUUUAGAGCAUUCGCCGCAAGAGGGUCUCCAACUGCGCUCUGCAACCUUCCAGCUUAUCAAGGUUGUCCUAGACGAGGAAGUGAGCUCGGAACAACUAGACGUGUUCCGGAAGGCGCUAGCGCGACUGCGGCACCCGCAGCACGCGACGCAUCACUUCGCACUCGCGCCGCGCGCCAUGCCGCCGCAGCCCGGCCCGGUGCCCAAGCACCACACACUCAAGGGCUUCGCAAAAAAGACUCUGCUCAAGACGGCGCGACGGGCCGGUCUCAAACCAAAGCCGUCCAAGCGACAGAAGUACGUGCUGCCUUCCGCGUCUGCGCGCUCGCUGACGUCACCGCCGCUCAUGUCGUCCUUGUCUGCUGAUACGCUCUCAUUGGAGGAGUUGGAGCUGGCCGGCGCAGAGGGCGCUGAGGUGCCCGCGGCGCGCACGCUGGAGCGCGUGCGCGAGCGAGCCUACGCGCGCGACUGGGCGCGCCUCGGCCUCGCCGCGCCGCCCUUCCGCCUCACGCACACCAACGCCGUCUACACGCUCUGCCGCAGUUAUCCAGCAGUGUUCCCCGUACCUGAAGGCGUCGGCGACGAAUCCCUGCGAAGAGUCGCGCGAUGCUACCGACAAACUCGACUACCUUGCCUGACAUGGCGACAUCCAAGGACACAUGCACUUCUAGUCAGAUCAGCGGCGCCGCACCACAAAGGAGUCAUGGGCAUGCUGAAAGGCAGCCACCAGACGCAAGCCGCGGCGCAGAGCGGCACUGAAACCACCUCUAGCUUAGAACAGGAACGGUAUUUAGCAACGCUGGUAGCCUGUACACCAGCGUCGCGCGGCGAGCUCGAAGACUCAAGUUUGAGUUUAGACUCGUUGUUACUCACGGAGGAACCCACGCACACACCACUGCUUAACAAACCCGGCACUAUGGGGUAACGGCGACGCGAGGGUCUGGCGGCGCAGGGCGGGGCGCGGCACUUCGGCCGCUGGGGCUCGCUGAAGGGCCGCCAGCCGUCCAGCCUCGACCUGUACCAGCGGCAGCGGCUUUCUGCUGCCGAUGUCGACUCGGUUUCCGGUGACGGCACGAGCGGUGUGCGACGCGCGUCCCUCUACAUCGUAACAGAGAAGGGUCUCAGCAUAGCCACAGUGAGCGGCUGCGAGCCGGUGCCGGCGGAGUACCCGGACGGGCGCGCCGCGCGGCACGCCUUCAAGAAACUGCUGCGGGCCGCCGCGCCUUCCGCGCCUGCUGCGCCUAACGAUCCUGGCUUCUACAGAUUGGUGGAAGAAUCAGGCUGGCUUUGGCAGUUGCGACAGCUUUUCCAACUAGCCGGCUGCGUAGUGGAUCUACUAGAUCUGCAAGGUUCUUCUGUGCUGCUAUCGCUAGAAGAUGGAUGGGAUGUAGUGGCGCAGGUAUCAUCCCUGGCGCAAAUCUGCCUAGACCCGUACUAUCGGACGAUAGAAGGCUUCCGAACCCUCGUGGAGAAGGAGUGGCUGGCCCUGGGACACAAGUUCCAGCAGCGACUCAACAUUGGGCCCACUCCUCAACAGGGUUACACGCCAACCUUUCUUAUGUUCCUUGACGCUGUGCAUCAGCUCCAGAAGCAGUUCCCGCUAGCCUUCGAGUUCAACGACUACUACACGCGCCUCGUCGCGUACCACAGCACGUCGUGUCGCUUCCGGACGUUCCUGCUCGACAACGAGGCGUCCCGCGCCGAGUUAGGGCUGGUGGACGAACGCCGGCAGGACAUCGGGAACCGAUUGGGCGUUGAGACUGGCGUGACCGGAUCAGAGGAGGACGUGUACCGCGCGCAGCACGGCCAGUCGCUGUUCGACUACAUCGAUAAGCUGCACCAGAAGUCUCCUAUUCUGUACAACUUCCUCUACACGCCAGACCUUGAUAACCCGGUACUGCGACCGAUGUCUUCCGUAUGCAGUCUGGAAGUGUGGGACUACUAUACUCACGAGGAACUAGCGCACGGUGCGCCGUACGACUUGGAGGCGCAGUCGCCUGAUGACGAGCGGGAGCCGCGCGCUCGGCGCACCGUCACCGCCGGAUACGACAGUAUACCUCGUGCCAUGCCAGCAUCCUUCACCGGGCUUUUAGAAAAGAUCCGCUCGCUAGAGCUAGAGUUAGGGCACCUGCCACAAAAGUGGCGCGUGCGCUGGGACCAGCUCGAGCUGCCUAACACGUUGGAGCUGCAGGUACGUAAUGCGAGUUGUCAAACGUGUUCAUCUCAUUCACGCAUAAGUUCAAUGAGACGUGGAACGCUGGAGUUACUCGUGCGCGGGCGGCUGGCGCGCGCGCCGGCGGCCGCGCCGCAGCACCGCUGGGGCGCCGCCGCGCACGCCGCGCCGCAGCGCUGCGACCACUGCGACCAUCUGCUGUGGGGACCCGUCAAGACGGGCGUGCGCUGUAUGGACUGCGGUGCGAGCUGCCACGAGCGAUGUGCGGAUCAACUAACCGCACCCUGCACGCGGUACAAGGCGCCACCUCCACCCGAAAGGGAUAGGGACCCGAGGGCCUCUGGUGGCAACAAUGUAGGCACGCUGCAGUCGUCUUCCCAGCAGUACUACGAGCAGUUCUCGUCCAACGUGGCUGAGAACAGGACGCAUGAGGGGCACCUUUACAAGCGAGGAGCAUUACUCAAGGGCUGGAAACAACGGUGGUUUGUGUUAGACUCCAUUAAGCAUCAGCUUCGCUACUACGACGCGAUGGAGGACUCACAUUGCAAAGGCUUUAUUGACCUGGCCGAGGUGAUCACGGUGAUGCAGGCCCCGCCCGCGCCCGGCCCGCCCAAGAAAUGCGACGACCGCUCGUUCUUUGAUCUACGAACGAGUCGACGCACGUACAAUUUCUGCGCGAGCGACGCCAACGCGGCGCAGGAAUGGAUCGAGAAACUGCAGGCGUGUUUGCAGUGAACGUCACAAACACUCUGUGAGCUACAUACCAAUAGUAUAACUACCGAACCCCGUACCUGAACCAGGCAGGCAAGCAAGGUCGCGUGAUAAACGAUAUAACGUCAGGCCGUCCUUUUCGCACUAUCAGUAAGUGCGAUAGAGAACGCACCGAUGCGAUAAAGUUUAUCCAACUGAUGGGCUGCGCCCGCAGGCCUGGGACUAAAGCGGGGCGAGCCUGGCCCCAUGCCCUAAGCGUCAAGUCCAAGAGGCGCCAAAUUCGACACUUUUUAGUUUUUGUCCCCCCGUCGAAAAAAGUCUAAAUCCGGCGCUGACCUCAAUCUGAAAUACCUUCGGGCCUACCCUAGUGUGAUAUAUCACACUAGGGUAGGCCCGCC